AUGGCUGAAGAAGAUCCAAAGGGCCCUGGAGGCCCAAUCUCUCUUUCUUUUUCAGGUAGUGGGUUUCUUGUAAACUACCAAGUAGGAGUGGUGCAGGCUUUAUGGGAAUUGGCACCUGAAAUAAUGAGAUCAACAUCCAAGGUCUACGGAGCAUCGUGUGGGUCACUUGUAGCUGCAGCAGUGGCAUGUGAUGUUAACAUAGGUCUGAUAGAAGAAUUUUUUCAUGAAGCUAUGGAAGAAGCCAAGAAAGCAAGUAGUUUCACCCUUUGUCCAGGUUACCGUAUGCUUCGGAUCAUAGAGAAGCGGCUGAGUCAAACACUGUCGGAGAACUCACACCAGCUGGCUUCAGGGAAGCUUUGCAUUUCCCUCACGCGCUUGUUGGACUUACAGAAUGUCGUCAUUUCAGAGUACAGAUCAAAGGAGGAGCUCAUACAGGCAGUGAUCUGUAGCUGCUUCCUUCCUAUCUAUUGUGGAUUCAACCCUCCCUCCUUCCAAGGCAUGCGCUACAUUGAUGGAGGUAUGACUAACGUGCAGCCUGGCUCGGAGUCGGAAAACAUGAUCACGGUAUCCCCUUACACAGGAGAGGUCGACAUCUGCCCGAGGGACUGCCCUGCCUAUUUCAACUGCAUUGGCUUCUUCCGAAGCACCUUCCAGCUCUCAGUUGAGAACUUGUGCAGGUUUAGUUAUAGUAUUUUCCCACCCAGUCUUUCGGUGAGUAACCUCAGGGACUGCACAGUGCCAGAUCAUUUCAGUAUUGCCAACUCCAAGCAUGUGAGGAUCAUAAAUCAUGAAUCAUGAGAUUGCUUAAAAAUUGCCUUAAAAAAAAAACUGCCUUAGAAAAAAAUUCUGGGUAGGUUCUAUUUGCCUUCUGAUGUUUCAGCCUUUAGAAUUCAAAUUUUCAGGCUUUUUUCCACAGCAAUGUUGUUUAAUGAAAGCAGAGAUGCUCACCAAAAAUAAAUAAAUAAAUAAAAGAACAAAGUAAAAAAAAUAAUAAUCACAUGACUCCACAAGAAAAACACCAAAUAUUGCAAGAUGCACAAUGAAAUGACAAGAGUUGGCAACAUUGUGAUUACUGCCUACAGGGGUACUUUUUUUGCAAUUGGAAUGACUAUCCUUUAUAAUGAUGAGUGGUUUCCCCUGCAGGUUCUACAUGAGUUUUAUUUAAAAGGAUAUCAUGAUGCCGUUUUCUUCUUACAGAGGCACAGUAAGUGUUACAAAGAUUGGCAGGCCUAUGUGAAUUAGGAAUUCCUAGUUUGCUCCAUCCCACAAAGCAUCACUGGGAUUUUUUGCACAAUCCCAGGUCAUUACACAUCACCCAAGUUCAUGUGAUUAUUUGUGAACAUGUAACUCUUGCAACUAUCAAUAGGGGAGAAAUGGACAGUAAAUGGAACGGACAAGAAAAUACCGCAGCAGACGCCUGUGCACUGUGACAAAGGUAGAGGAUCUGUAUUUCUUCUCUUCCCUUGGUUUUCACUAGCUGAGUAACAUUACACUGAGAUCUCUACGGCAUGCUGCAGGAAGUGAAAGGACAUGGAGUACCUCCUUUGCAAACCCAUCAGGAACGUGGUGAGGAGAACAUCAGGAAGGGGAGGGGGCAUAGGUGUCAACUCUGUGGGUACUCAGGGCUGGAAAAAAAAUAGUGGGAGCUUAGCACCCACCAACCAUAGCUGAUUGGUGGCUUGGGGAGGGGCUUGGGGGAGGACAGAGAGCAGCAAGGGCCUCAGGGAGGGGGAUGGUGAGAAAAGGCAGGGUGAGGGUGGGGCCUUGGGGCAGAGAGAGUUGUGGGGCACCUGCGAGGAAAAAUAAGUCAGUACCUAUGGGAGGGAGUUAAGGCCAUAUUCACUAAAGUGACUUAUUGGUGCACCUUGCUGAGCUGGUUCUGUGUGAAACAUCAUCAAAUAUACUGCUCUUCCCUGUUGCCCCAUGGGCUGACUUAGGCCAGUAUCUCUGAGAUCUCUCUCACGUCCUCAGGGCUGAGAGGCAGAGGUGGUUAUCACAGAAUAUCAGGGUUGGAAGGGACCUCAGGAGGUCAUCUAGUCCAACCCCCUGCUCAAAGCAGGACCAAUCCCCAUACAGAUUUUUCAGCCCAGUUCCCUAAAUGGCCCCCUCAAAAACUGAGCUCACAACCCUGGGUUUAGCAGGCCAGUGCUCAAACCACUGAGCUAUCCCUCCCACACAGUCUUAUAUGGUGAUUAUUCAUUACUUAUGUAGCAUCAUAGAUGUGCAUUGGGAGCCAUGCCCAGCAGCAGCCCCAGAGGGGUCUUUCCGAGAGGAGCAUGCACUCCAAUCUGGACACUGAAUGGGGGCGGGGAGGGAGUUGAGGAUGAUUCUAUGGUCAGUGGCUGGUCUGCAGCUUUACCCCUCUGCCCCUGGCACUGACCCCAUAAUAAUAAGGGGGAGCAGAUAUUUGAGUUUCAUCUUAAUUGAAUUUGCCUUUAUUGACCACUUGAUAUUUAAGGAUUGCAUUUGUUUGUUUCACCUCCAUUGGCUUUUAGCGGUAGCUCUGCCUGCCUCAAAGAGCCAGGAGACGCCUGGAUCCUUGGGCUCAGCUGCUGAGAUCACAUCACAGCAUCUUGUGCCAUGCAAACUUCACAUGGACCCGUCACUUCCUCUCACUGACAGGUGAGAACGACCUGUAUGAGGAUUUUAGCUCUUUUCACAACAGCAUUAGCCACAAAGGCCCUCUCUUCAUCAGGAAAGAAGGGGGUGCUCUUCAUUUGAGUUAGCAGCAGAGUGAAGACAAGGCUCGACCAGUUCACUUGUGUGAAAACUACGCACUGCCUUGUCUUCCUCAGGGGUGUUCAGCUAAUUUGACGGAAGAACACACUUUUUUUACCUAAGGAAGACACAGCCUAAGGGAGGAGAGCAUGGAACCGCUUCUCAGCUGGUGUAAAUCGGCAUAGUUCCAAUGACUCCAGUUAGACUUAUUCUGAUUUACCUCAGCUGAGAAUCUGACUUGUGUGUCCCUUAGUUGACAAGUAGUUAGGACACCUGGGUUCUGCUCCCAGUUCAGCCACUGAUUCGCUGUGACACCUUGGAUAAAUCACUUAGCUUGCAUCUAUCUCCGAAUGGGUGUGUAAGAAUAAGUUCUAAUAAGCUAAAUCAAUCAGUGGGAGUGGCUAAUCCAGGGUUAAAAAUUAAAUUGGGUUUCUCUUUGACGUCCUAUUUUGCCCUCCCCAAAUAUAUUCCACAAGAAAAGUCCUAGCAGCUACUUUAUCGAUUGGUUAGAUCCAGUGCCAAAGUACAACUUUCGUUUUGCAAAAUUUGAAUUGAUUCGGACAAGGGGUCCUUGAAUUAGAAUGCCCUACAGUAGAGAUGUUAAAUAAUUCUUCCUAUAAACUUCUUCUAGCCUUUUAUUGUCACUUUGUAAACCCCCAUCCCCAAAGAAUCCAAAUUAGAAAGAAAAAGAAUUCAAUGUAGGCCGUGUCUACACUAGUACUUACAUUGGCAAAACUUUUGUCACUCAGGGGAGGGGAAAAAAAAGCACAACACCCCGUGAGCGACAUAUGUUUUGCUGGCAUAAGUGCUAUGUCUGCAGGCGCCGCUCUCCCGCUGACAUAGCUACCGCCGCUCUUGAGCUGGUUUUCCAUGUUGACAGGAGAGCUCUCUCCCAUCAGCAUAAUGCAGCCACACAAGCGCUUUUACAGCAGCACAGCUAUAUUGGUACAAUGUGCCGCUGUACGCUUGUAACUGAAGAGAUGGCCUUUGUUUAUUAGAGCUCCAGGGAUCUGUGCCAAGGGAGAAAUGUUUGCUCAGUACAGGAAGACAACCAAUAAUCCAACUUCCAAGGAGGCCAUUCUGACAGCAGCUGCAUAACUACGCUCUGCAAGGGCCUGAUCAAAGCCCACUGAAGUCAAUGGGAGUCUUUCCACUGACUUAAUGGGCUCUGGAUCAGGCCUGGAAUGAGGACCAGGGCAGGCUGUUGUGCUGUCCAGUUGACUACUGGGCCCACUCUGAAGUACAUAUGAAGUCACAGAGCUCAAGGCCAGAAGGGCCUGACCUCCUGUAUCUCACAGGCCACUAACACCACCCAGCCACCCCAAGUGCGUAGGUGAAGAAUGAAAUCUGGUUCCUAAACUUCCUUUCUAAAUUUGUAGCAGAAUCGGGAAAGAUGGGUCAGAAAUGCAACAUGCAGGCGGAUAAAUAGCGGCAUUUACAGGGUGGUGGUAGGGGCAACAUGGAGGAAUCAAAGUGGCGUUUGCCAUUUUCUUGACCAUAUGGUGGUCCAAAAUAUUAUCACUGGGAAGGGAUCAUCUCUCUUUAUUUUCUCUAGGUAACUGCUGACGAGGGCUGUUCUGGAAAAUCUAAACCAGGGCGACUUCUUAUUGAAAGCCUUCAAAAGGGAUGGACCAAGUGAAGACACCGUUUCCUUGCGCAGAACCCACAGCUGCCAUUGACUUCAGCUGAGAUCAUGGGUGCUCUGGAAAUCAGGCUUUACAUAUAUAAAUAAUAUAAUAAUAAAUAAUAGAUAUAUAAUAUGUAUGUAAAGAAAUGGGAUUAACACAGUGUGAAUUGUGAUACCAGAUAACCUACUAGCCUGUGUACAUCUCCCUCCCAUUCCUACCCCACUUUGCCUGCCCUCCCUUCUCACUGUGUCACGCUGAGUUUUAUUCAACUAUUUGUGCAACCCCUGGGAUGGGGUUCAGAGUCCAGCAAAGGACCCCUGGGGUGGCCUUUGGAAUGAGGUUAGGUGCCCUACUCCUCUCUGAUUGUAAGGACCUGGGGUAGAGGCUGUGUUUUUUGUUUGUUUUAUGCAUAGCUAUGGUGCUGUAAUAUAAAAUAAUAAUAAAGAUUUCUCUUUCCUCCGAUAUAUCAGAGCUGAUUACAUCUGUUGCGUUUCCCACAUACAAUGUGCAAAUAGGUACUUUCAGCCAGGAAGAGCUUUUAUUUUAGAUUUAAGGGAACAACUAAGCAAGAAAGAACAAAAAUAAAGUCUCCAAGAGCGAGCACAGUGUGCGUCUUCUGAAACAAUCUGCACUGAACUGCAUGAUCUGCAGCUGCUGAUCUCUGCCCACCAGACAGCCCUUAUAAGGGGUAUUAUACAGAAGGCAAAGGCGUAAGAGUUACACAAUGAAAUAUACUGCAAAAAGCUUAAACAAAUAGCCCUUCUGCUGCUGCACCUUGACUAACCCAGCCCCAUCAGGGGAAGAGGAGAAGCCACAAAUCUUAAGAAAUGAGUGAGUGUGAAACAAAUGUGUCUGUUAAUCUGAAUCAAAUCCUGUGGUCUUUACUUAAGCAAACCUUCCACUGAAGUCACUGGGGAGUUUUGCCUAGGAAGAACGAAGGACUUUCUCUUGGUCUUAAAGUUAAGUCCUUUGUUGAUGAAUCACUGCUCAGUUAAUGGGAAAGACCCUGCGGAAGACCAAAUCAAUAGGAGCUGCAAAACCAUCUGUUUGUAAAGUCCGGUACUAGGCUCCGGUUCAGCAAAGCACGUGCUCAACUUUAAAACAAACAGAUGGUCCGUGCGCCAAAGAGUUUAUAAUCUCUGACUGUGACUUGUGUUUCCUUCAGCUCUUACCUUCCGUGUGGUUGUUCCUCUCACUAGCUUCAGAUUCCAAGUUUGGUUCCACUCUGGAAAGUGACACCUUAGUGUUCCAUGUUUAUCG